AGUAGCCCUCCUUGUCUCCAUUUGAGUGAUAACCCUUUCAUCUCUCUCUCUCUCUCUCUCUCUCUCUCUCUCUCUCUCUCUUUCCUCUUCUAAUCUCCAACUACGACAUCACAUUUCUUGAUUUGUCAAUCCUGGGGCAUUUAUUCCUGCUUGCAGGAGCCACUUAGGAGAUUUUACUGCGAGUAUGGAGAUAACUAAUGUUUCCGAGUACGAUAUCAUCGCCAAGCAGAAGUUGCCAAAGAUGGUUUAUGACUACUAUGCUUCUGGUGCAGAGGAUCAGUGGACGCUAAAAGAGAACAUGGAAGCAUUUUCUAGAAUACUGUUUCGGCCCCGUAUACUUAUUGAUGUAUCAAGAAUUGAUUUGACCACUACUGUCCUGGGAUUCAAAAUCUCUAUGCCCAUCAUGAUUGCUCCAACUGCUAUGCAGAAAAUGGCUCACCCAGAAGGAGAAUAUGCAACCGCAAGGGCAGCAUCAGCAGCUGGCACUAUUAUGACGUUGUCAUCGUGGGCUACAUCGAGUGUCGAAGAGGUUGCUUCAACUGGGCCUGGAGUUCGUUUUUUCCAGCUUUAUGUCUACAAAGACAGGAAUGUAGUUGCACAGCUUGUUAGGAGAGCUGAGAGGGCUGGCUUCAAGGCCAUAGCCCUUACGGUGGAUACUCCUAGACUUGGCCGUAGGGAAGCUGAUAUCAAGAACAGGUUUACAUUACCUCCAUUCUUGACCCUUAAGAACUUUGAGGGCUUGGACCUUGGGAAGAUGGAGAAGUCUGAUGAUUCUGGCCUAGCAUCAUAUGUUGCUGGUCAAAUUGACCGGUCUCUGAGCUGGAAGGAUGUGAAGUGGUUGCAGUCAAUCACUUCCUUGCCCAUUCUUGUUAAAGGAGUUCUAACUGCUGAAGAUGCAAGUCUUGCUGUCCAAAACGGAGCAACUGGUAUCAUAGUAUCCAACCAUGGAGCACGCCAACUAGAUUAUGUUCCUGCAACUAUCACUGCGCUUGAAGAAGUUGUCAAAGCUGCUCGGGGUCGAAUUCCUGUGUUCUUAGAUGGCGGUGUUCGCCGCGGUACUGAUGUCUUCAAAGCACUAGCUUUGGGAGCCUCCGGUGUUUUUAUAGGAAGGCCUGUGGUAUUCUCAUUGGCUGCUGAGGGAGAAGCAGGAGUAAGAAAGGUGCUGCAGAUGCUCAGAGAUGAGUUUGAACUUACCAUGGCUUUAAGUGGCUGCACCUCUUUGAAAGAAAUCACUCGAAAUCAUAUCAUUACACCAUCUGAGACAAAAUACCCCAUUUCGGCCAGGUUAUAA